GUGUAGUGCGUUGAUUUCAUACCAAAGUCAUACUUUACAUUCCAGUUAUACUGUCAAACUUCUGAGAAAUAUUGCGGAAAACAGCAAGGCGCCAAAUUAUAACAAAGUUACCUAAAAGAGCAGCUGGUCUCACAGGGAAAAAAAUAAGGUGACUUCCAGAAUAAAAAAAGCUCACACACCUGGAUCCCAAACUUCCAGCUUUGUGGGACAUUUACAGCGACCGGCACCGAGAGAUUUGGAGGAAUCCCUUCAGCCUGGUGUGGAGCUCUGCAUCCCAGAGAUCUCUUACAGACCCUUUGGCAUCGGGGCUCGGGGUUGGGCCCAGGAGGAGCCGCCACCAUUGCGUCCAACGAGUGGAGCGCCAACGGUAGCCCAGAAGAUGGGCUGGACGGGGACAACGAGGACAAGACCAUGGAGGGGGACGCCGAGGGCGUUUGGAGCCCGGAUAUCGAGCAGAGCUUCCAGGAGGCCCUGGCCAUCUACCCUCCCUGUGGCAGGAGGAAAAUCAUCUUGUCAGAUGAGGGGAAGAUGUAUGGUCGCAAUGAACUGAUAGCGAGGUACAUCAAGCUCAGGACGGGGAAAACCCGCACAAGGAAGCAGGUGUCUAGUCACAUACAGGUGUUAGCACGGAAGAAAGUUCGUGAAUACCAGGCGGGUAUAAAGGUUUCUAGCCACUUGCAGGUUCUCGCCCGGAGAAAAUCUCGCGAGAUCCAGUCAAAGCUAAAGGAUCAGGCGUCCAAAGACAAAGCCCUGCAGAACAUGGCAGCGCUGUCGUCUGCACAGAUCGUUUCUCCGAGUAUGAUAAAGAAUCAUCUUCCACCACUCUCUCCUGCCCCGUACCAACCAACCAGAUUCUGGCCCGCUCCAAUCCCAGUGCAACCGGGACCAUCUCAGGAGGUGGUUCUAGGUCUCAACCAGGGAAGGAGUCUUGGGCACUGCCGCACCAGCCAUGCCAUCAAACCCUUUGUACAGACCCCAUACGUGAACCUACAAGGUCCUGUCCAGCAGAGUAUACCAGCCUAUGAGCCUCUGGCACCUCCGCCUGCGCCAACAGCUACGGCAGUCCCAGUAUGGCAGGAUCGGACAAUCGCUUCCUCCAAGCUGCGGAUGCUGGAGUACUCGGCCUUUAUGGAGAUCCAGAGAGACCCGGACAACUACAGCAAACACUUGUUUGUCCACAUUGGACAGACCAACCCCUCGUACAGCGACCCCCUCCUCGAGGCUGUGGACAUCCGGCAGAUCUACGACAAGUUCCCUGAGAAAAAAGGGGGGCUCAAAGAGCUUUACGAGAAAGGCCCCCAGAAUGCUUUCUUCUUAGUAAAAUUCUGGGCUGACUUGAACAGUAGUGGCAUGCCAGAUGGCCCAGGAUCAUUCUACGGUGUCAGCAGCCAGUACAGCAGCACUGAAAACAUGACGAUCACUGUUUCAACCAAAGUCUGCUCAUUUGGCAAGCAGGUGGUCGAAAAAGUUGAGACGGAGUACGCCCGGCUGGAGGGAGGAAAGUGUGUUUACAGGAUCCACCGCUCUCCUAUGUGCGAGUACAUGAUCAAUUUUAUCCACAAACUCAAACAUUUGCCUGAAAAAUACAUGAUGAACAGUGUUCUUGAAAACUUCACAAUCCUUCAGGUGGUGACAAACCGAGACACCCAGGAGACCCUACUUUGUAUAGCAUUUGUUUUUGAGGUCUCCAAUAGUGAGCACGGGGCUCAGUAUCACGUCUACAGACUUGUUAAAGACUAACAACACGUUUGGGAGGUUCUGGAAAGGCCAGACAAAAGCACGACGCAAUCUCUCUUUGACCACCUCAAUCAUCCAGGAAAAACCACAACAAACCAGUCAAGCAACACUAGACCGAACUAACGUGGACAAAUUUCCAGCUUUAAAGAAAUUACGCAAGGAAAGAAAAAAACAAGCGAAGAAUUUUUGUGGAACUGUGGACAACCAGCUUUUUUUUUUUUUUCCCAUGUGUUUUAAACAUGAAAACAAUGAAGUGGAUCACUUUUUCUCAAAUGUAACUGAUGGAGCAUGACAAGUUUUACCGAGGGAAUGAGAAUGUGUUUAAGACUCUUACAGUAAUCAAGGCAAGAUGCCCUGAGCUGGGAGAGAAGUGUACGAUGGAUUGAAAAGUGGAGAACAUAGGACCACGGAGGGGGGGGGGGGGGGGCCGGGAACCAGAGGCAAGUGGUUUAGGUUUGUUAGGAAAGCAAGUGCCUCUUCACCAAAGGUUAUAUCGUUACCUGCCACUUUGGAUUGCCUUUUUUUUUCUUUUUUUUUUUUUUUUUUACUACCUCUUGUUUUUAAAUGAAAGAAAAAAAAGUCAUACAGAUGUGUUUUGUCACAAAAAUAUUGAACAUAAAAGAACCUAGAUCCACAUCUCUGGAUGCAGUUUUUGUCCUCAGGCACAGAGAGGAAUAGGAUAGCUAAUAGUCCAUUUAACCAAAAGAAAUAAAAUUAAAAUAAAAAAAGGCCAUGUGUAGAGGGGGAUGAGUAAUUGUGUUGCCGUGUUAUUAAGGUUUUGUUUUUUUUUCUAUGUUAAUACACAAUUUAAAAUCAGGUCUUACAAACACCUAGAGUAUCUGUAUUUGACUCCAGAAAUGUCUCGUAAAAUUGCUCUCCUGACAGGAAGCCAGGUUAGCCUUUCUUACAGAACCCCCCUUGUUUCCUCUCUGUUUGAAGACGUGUGCUUGGAUGCACUUAAAAAGAUCAAGACGGGGUUUUUGCAGCAACAGCAGUGCUUAUUUUCAGCCUUGAUGUAUGUAGCGUAUUUGAAUAAAAAAAAAAAAAAGAACUGUUUCUGUACUGUGAGUUAUAGUGGAUUCUAAAGGAAUAUGUGUUACAGAGAAGUUUUUUUGUUUUGUUUUGGGGUUUGUUUCUUUUUUUUUUGGGGGGGGGGGGGGGACUUUUUGUUCAUAUUUUUGAUCAAAUUACUCAACACAGAGACCAUAGUUAACAGGGAGAGAAGUUAGGAACUGUUUCUUUUGUUUAAAAAAGAGAUUUUAUGCUGUGAAACUGGUUCAUUUGCUUUUCUUUAUUAUCCAAGUAAUGCCUGGAGAAUUUGCAUUCGUGGAUAAAAGUUCAGUUUAACAUUUAAGACAAAUUUUUUUACACAAGAAAAACAAUUUUUAAAUUGGUCUAAAUUCUCAUCUUGAAUUCGAGCUAUUGUCUCUGUAGAGUUUGACCAUUGAUUGUUAUUUAUGGGGUUGGAGAACAAAUAGCGGGAGGGUCAGGGUGGGGUGUUUAUCAUUUUACCAUUGUUAUGGAUUUGUUAAAAGUAUUGCAGGACUCGCAUUAGUGACAGGAUACCCUGUCAAGCCACGGGUCCUGCUAGACAAGUGUCUAGUCGGUGUGGUUCACUGGACAACUUUGCUAAUAAAGUGCAAAUUUAAGAUAUUUUGGUGGCAUAAUUGCACCUAGCUUUGAAUGUCAUGUUUCACACACUAGAUACAAUAACACUCCUCCUCUCGUAGGCCUCUCAGUUUAUCUUUUAUACAGAACUUUUUCUGCCAUUAUCAAGAUUAAUGUUUUGUUUUUGAUUCUGUUGUCUUUGACUUUCAGUGUUUGCCAUAUGCUUCACUGAAAAUAUUGUGUGAUUGUGCUGGUAUUGAUAAGUAAUAUGGAGAUAUCUAAUGUAUCAUAUUCUAAAUGGUGUGGGCAGUUUUGUUUUUGUUUUGUUUUUUCUUGGUUUAAGGUGGUUUACUAUUGUCUUUGUUACCAUUGUGCAUUGCAAUUUUAUACUUAAAAGUAGAGGUUGGACUAUGUAAUCAACAAAUGUAUCUAACAAUACAAGACGCAUGGUGCCUUUGGGGCCAGUUUCCCCAGUAAACUUAUUAAACAUGUUUGUUAA